CCGUUGCUUAACGUCCCCCUAAUACACUUUUGGUUGGGGAUCUCUCUCAAAUUUUUCUAAUCUAAUUUAACUAGACUAUAAGUUUGAUAGGAACUGAAAAGCGAGAACAAGAUAAAAGCAGAUCUGUGUUUGACGUCAUUUCCGAAGGGUCUUGAGGACUGCCCGGCCAAGAUCUCAAAACGAAUGCAGUGGUAUUCGGCCACCUAUAGAAAAUAGGUGUUUGCCUGUUGAUAAGAUCAUGUCAGAGAAAUCGACAGCUGCUGAAUCGAAAGUUGGGGAUCAGGGUGACUUUCCUUUUACUGGAGAUGAACCGGUGGUCUCGGAUGAUAGUUCACCUGCAGCAGUCGUAGCAGCCAGCAGCACCAGUGGUGGAUCAAUAACCCUCAGUGGAGGGAAGCCGGGGAAAGCAGCUUCGGACACAGCUGUGCACUCCCGGCCACCUAGCCAUGGCAAGGCCCUGUCCUCUCAUAGGUUAGACUGUUUAGGAGCCACACAGAGGGACCAUUGCUCUGGAGAACCUGAUUUAGGCACAUAUUCUUCUGAAAAUUCAGAGAUGGAUCCAAAAAAAUUGAUGAAAACAAAAACGCUUAAGCUGUCAAAAAACAGUCCUGAGAAAGUUUUCAAAGGAACUGCGAAAGAGGACUCGCCCACGAAAUUGAGGCGCAGGAAAGGAGAUUCUAAAGAUGUGAAGGUUGAGAGCGUGAAGGGUUCUCAUACAGCUGUAGAGGAGGACAGUGAUGUGGAGCUGACAGAAGCGGAACAAAACUGGCGAGAAACGAAGGCCUACUACUUGUCCCUAGCUGUUCUGUCUCUGGUGUCGCUCAUUACUCGCAUAUACAACAUCGAGACCCCAGCGCAUGUGUGUUGGGACGAGACACAUUUUGGUAAAAUGGGAAGCUGGUACAUCAACCGCACAUUCUUCUUUGAUGUCCAUCCACCACUGGGCAAGAUGUUGAUUGGCCUGGCUGGUGUUGUGAGUGGAUAUGAUGGAAGCUUUCCCUUCAGCAAGCCAGGGGAUGAGUACGGGGACACCAAUUACGUUGGCAUGCGUGUGUUCUGUGCGUUGCUGGGGACCCUCCUUGUGCCACUGUCCUACCAAGUGGUGUGGCUCCUCACACAUUCUAUUCUGGCUGGGAUUUUUGCAGCAGCUCUAGUCAUUUUUGAUACCGGUGUCCUGACUUUGUCCAGACACAUCCUGCUGGACCCCAUCCUCAUGUUCUUCAUCCUUCUCUCUGUCUUCUCGUGCCUCAAAUUUCUCUCAUUCAGGUCCAGACCAUUUUCUCCAUUGUGGUGGUUUUGGAUGGCAGCCACUGGAUCAUCAUUAGCUGGAGCUCUUGGGGUGAAGUUUGUCGGCCUCUUCGUUAUCCUCUUCAUUGGCUACACGACAGCCUCAGAUCUGUGGAAUCUCCUUUCAGAUUUGUCAGUAUCAUUGUUUCUCCUUUGCAAACAUAUCUUUGCCCGCGUGGCCUGCCUCAUCGUAGUCCCCUUUCUGGUCUACUGUUUUUUCUUCUGCAUACAUUUCAAGGUGCUCAAUCGCAGUGGAAACGGUGAUGGCUUCUUUAGUUCUGGGUUCCAGUCUCAGCUACAGGGCAACAGACUUUACAACAUCAGCAUGCCUCAGUACAUUGCAUUCGGCAGCAUCCUGACCCUGAAGCAGCGUCGCACGGGUGGGGCUUACUUGCACUCUCACGUCCAUCUGUACCCGGAGGAGCAUCCACCGAAACAGCAACAGGUUACAUCCUAUAGCCACAAAGAUGAGAAUAAUAAGUGGCUGAUCAAGUCAGCCAACCAGGAGACGAAUAAUCCUGAUGAAGUCACUUACGUCAAGUCUGGGGACAUCAUUAGGCUUGAGCAUGUCAUCACAAAGAGAAAUCUGCACAGCCACAAAGAGCCAGCGCCAAUGAGUAAACAUCAGUACCAGGUCUCGGGAUACGGGAUGAAUGGCACUGGAGAUAUGAAUGAUUAUUGGCUGAUUGAAAUAGAUGGUCAUGAUACUGGAGAGCGGGUACAGACGGUACGGUCAAAGCUGAGGCUUAUUCACUACCAUGUGCGGUGUGCUCUACACUCACAUGAUAAAAAACUUCCGAAAUGGGGCUGGGAGCAGCUGGAGGUGUCGUGCCACCCAAACAUCCGAGAACCCAGCGCAGUGUGGAGUGUGGAGGAAGUGAUAGACCCUAGAUUGCCCAAUGUGAGCUUCGAGGUGUACUCACCUUCUUUUGUGGAGAUGUUCAUGGAGAGCCACGCGGUCAUGACUCAGGGCAACAGUGGGCUCAAGCCCAAGGAGGGAGAGAUCACGUCCAGGCCCUGGCAGUGGCCCAUUGACUUUAGGGGUCAGGUGUUCUCCGGUCAAAACCAUAGAAUCUACAUGCUGGGCAACCCUGUUAUUUUCUGGCUCCUUCUGGGUCUGAAAGCUGUCUUUUUACUGAUCUGGGCUGCUUUCAACGUUGGCUGUAAGAGGAAAAUUCCCAUGCAGAAGGAUUUAAAAACUUACUGCGAGCGCACGUUCAAGGUAUGCUGGUGGCUGCUCCUGGCCUGGUUCCUCCACUACGCCCCGUUCUGGGGCAUGGCCCGAGUCCUGUACUUUCACCACUACUUCCCCGCCUUCCUGUUUAGUGCCAUGUUUGGAGGUGUGAUGCUUGAUUUCAUCAUCACCCUCCUCUGUGUCUGUGUGCCAGAGGGAAUCGCCAUGAAGGUUUUCCACUGGUGCAUACUCUUUGUCAUAAGUGCAAUAAUAUUCAGCUUCUACCUGUUCUACCCCCUGGCUUACGGCAUGUCCGGCCCCAUGGCAGCAGACGAGGCAGCAAUGAUGCACAGGGUCAAGUGGCUGGAGAGCUGGGAUAUUUAGCAGCGUCAGCAGUUUAUAGUCGUAUGAUGGGGACGGGUGCCACUUUUCUGGAACAUUCUGUAGUUCAGGAAUCUCCAAUGUAUCUUUUUUUUUUUUUUUUUUUUUGUGAUAAAUGAUGUUGUGCUGUACAAAUGUAAUUUAAAGAAUUUGUUUUGAGUACAGGCUGGGAAUUUCAGGAAGUAUUGCUUGAUCUGGAUUAAAAGUCUUAACUCACUUGAGGCUGGGGUAUUUUUAAGAAACACAUGCACUGGAGUCUGGGCAUUUUAUAAAGGUGUUUUUUGGUGGGGGGGGGCUUUUAAGUCUGCAAGAAUCUAACCAAGAACACUUUAUACACCGUACAGUAGAACAUGACUAUAGUGGCACCCGCUGCAGCAGGACCAUCCCAACAGCGGAUCUUUACCAGAAUCCCCUUUUUCUAUGUAAACUCAAUUAACUGUACUCGGAUUUAACGGGACAAGGGAAGGCCCGAACUUGGAAACAGCGGGAGAGAUCGAGCGAACUCUAGCUGAUGGAAGGGGGUUGGGGGCGGGGGGCUGUAGGUGGGCU